UUGGCUACUUAUACAUUUCUUUUUCAGGUCCUCUUCGAAUUGGCCCGUUUUCACGCUCCAUCCACAAUCUUUCUGGAUGAACUGGACUCACUUAUGUCACAACGUGGUUCCUUGACCGGAGCUACCAGUAGUUCCGGUGGUCUUGGUGUCGGCGGUGGCAGUGGUGAACAUGAAGGUUCCAGACGAAUGAAAACCGAAUUACUCAUGCAAAUGGACGGAUUGGCCAAAUCCGAUGAUUUGGUCUUUCUGCUUGCGGCAUCCAAUUUGCCUUGGGAGCUGGAUCAUGCCAUGUUACGAAGAUUGGAGAAACGCAUUCUGGUGGAUCUUCCAAACAAAGAAGCCAGGCGUCGAAUGUUCGAGACAUUUCUACCUCCGAUGAUUGGUUCACCCCAGACCGGUGGUUUGCAACUCAAAUGUCACAUUGAUUAUGAUCAAGCGGCUGAGGUAAGUGACCCUAUUGGUGGGAUCGGGGUUUGA